AUUCAUACUUCAUCUUGAAUUUGACGGCAACUAAACUGUCUCUUUUUGUUCCGGUGGUCAAACAUUAAAGAACGCAAAAAUGUUUAUGCCAAAGUCGCAUCGUGUCCAAAUCUACGAACAUUUGUUCAAGGAAGGAGUUAUGGUUGCCAAGAAGGACUUCAACGCACCAAAACAUCCAGAAUUGGACGUUCCAAAUUUGCAUGUCAUCAAAACCAUGCAAUCAUUGCAAUCAAAAGGAUUAGUACGUUCACAAUUCGCAUGGAGACACUACUACUGGUAUUUGGAAAAUGAAGGUAUCGAAUACCUCCGCACAUACUUGCAUUUGCCAUCGGAAAUUGUCCCAUCAACAUUGAAACGUGCUGCCCGUACAGAACAAGCCGCUCGUGCUCGCCCAAGUGCCGUUCCACGCACUGGUGACAGCAAAACAGGAGCUGAUCGUUCAGCUUACCGUCGUGCACCAACUGAUGGUGUUGACAAGAAGGGUGACGUCGGCGCUGGAGCUGGCGAUGUUGAAUUCCGUGGUGGAUUCGGACGUGGUUCACGACCCCAAUAAACUUCAGAAUACCAUUUGGAUUAACACAAUGUUAAAAUAAAGAUCAAUUUCUAAUGAAAAAAGAUUGAAAA